AUGGCGGCCUUCUCAGAGAGAGCCCUUGCUGCUGUAUCCCUGGUCCUUCGAGUUCUCAGGCUCCUCCUCCUCAUAGCUUCUCUUAUCAUUAUGGUGACCAACAAAAUUUAUUUUGGACCAUUUAGCGCCGUAGAGGACCCACCAAAUUUCACCUUUCGGGAAAGUUUAGCAUACAGGUAUGUUGUAUCUGCAGCCGUCAUCGGAUGUGCUUACACUUUGCUGGUGCUUCCAUUCGACGUCAUCCCCAGGGAAGGAAAUUUGGGCGCGGCGGUGCUACUGUUCUUCUCAUUUUCACUGAUGUGCCUCUAUAUCCACAAAGGAUAUACACAGCCAAAAUCACGCCAUUGCAUAAGGGGGUAG